AUGCAGGAUAAAUACAAGGAUCCGAGCACCAGGGAUUCAAUACGAGUGGCAGGUGGGGACAACUAUCUCAUCCAGCGUUUCAUGACCCUAUCCAUCUGCCUUAGAGGUCAUGAUGGAUGCAUACCAGGCUCAUCUGUUCUAUGUACUGUUGCAGAAAGGACCAAGAUGCCAGAUACGGCAUUUCAGUGUACGUCUGGCAACCCUGUCUGCGCGGUCGCGAACAGCCGCUCUCUCCUAUUGUCUACUAUAGAUACGUCAUCCGAGAGGGCUGGAAAGGAAGUGGAUGUUUUAGUGGAAGACGAGCACACCGACCCAGGCGGAAAGCUGCGUGUGCGCAGCGGGUUGCGUUGUCCAGUAAAAAUGGAUACUGCAGAAAGAAGGAAUGAAAAGAAAGAGAGUACCAGCUCGGGGACAGAUCUGAGCACCUUGGGUAAGCCGGAAGGUCUGGACGUGUCGGAUCCCUCCAAGCCUCACCCACAAGACCUGUGCGAGAAGUGUCGCUCUCUGGGACGCAAGUGCUGCUAAGUAUAACCUCGCCCCACUCUCCCCGCCCUCAGAACCCGUGCGGAAGAGCGGGGAUUCCUCUCCUGCGGGAUUUAUCGCUUCCUGAUGGGACGAAAUGGGAGUGUACCUCCAACAGACUUAUAUUUCCUUUUUUAAUGAUUUGAUUUUAAGGGUUUUCAGAAUAAGGGUAAGGGGUAUCGAUUGUGUUCAGAAGAAGGAAAUUCCUUUCAAAAAAUAUUGUACAUGUUCGAAAAUAAUUGUCAUGCCUGCGUACUUUUUAUGGUCGCGUUUUUCUAUUGCUUUUUUUUAAUCCACAUAUUUUCCUCUGCUUAGCGUCAAG